AUGACAAAAACCAAUGACAAUGUGCGUAUAGCAUGGGCAUCUAUCAAUGAUGAAUCGUCAAGAAGUUUAUUAAAAAAGCGUCAUAAUUCAAUAACAAUCGAUACAUAUCUAAAACAAAUUCUUCAACAACAGCAAGAAAAUAAUAAUAGCGAUGAACCGAUUGGAGAUCCAGUUUUAUGUGCAAUACAUGGUAAUGAUGAGCCAACGCUAAAAUUGUUAAUACGAGCUGGUCAUUCAAUAAAUACCAUUUCUAAAGCAACAGGACGUUCAUUAUUACAUACAGCCAUCUACCUUGGACAUAUAAAUAUUGUUAAACGUUUAUUAAAAGAAGGAGCAAAUCCAUCUUUGAAAGAUGGCGAUGGAAAAGGAAAUCUACAUAUUGCAGCAGCUUAUGGUUAUAGCAGAAUUUUAACAUUGUUGCUAAAGUAUGAAAAUGAUUUAGAACAAAUCGAUUAUGACUACAACACACCACUACAUAUGGCAACAAAAUUUGGACAUAAUGAAUGUUGUCGACUACUGAUUUACGCUGGUUCGAGGUUAAAUCCCAUAAACAGAGAUGGUGAUUCUCCCUUACACUCAGCAAUAAGGUAUAAACACGCUGGUUGCACAUUAAUAUUAAUCAAUGCUGGUGCUUCACUAAAAAUUCAAAAUGGACGACGUGAAACACCUGUAGAAUUAGCAACACGUUUAUGUCAUCAUAAAAUUUCAAAUAUUUUACUUCGCGCUCUUUCACUCUCAUCCUCGUCAUUGUUAUUUUCAUUAACAACAUCCACAUCACAAUUGUCCUCAGCACCACAAUCACCAAUGGAACGCGGAUCAGCAAAUAUGGGUUUAGAAACAAAAUCAAAAGAAAAUGAAACGCCGACCUUAACUAUUAAUGAAUUUGAAAAACAAUGGCGUGAAUUACAUCUAUUAUUACAAACACGAAUGUUAUCAAAUCAGCAUGUGUUAGAAGAGCAAAUUGAUGAAUUAAAAGAAUGUGUGACUAAAAAUCAACUAAAACAACAAUUAAUACAUAGAAAACUGCAUACGUUAACAAAUUUAUGGGCAAAAAAAUCAUUCGAACAACAGCAACAACAAAAUUCAGAGCCUCAACAAAAUCCACCAUCAAACGAGUACGAUACACUUUUCUAA